AUGUCUUCCAGGCCCAGGGUCAGUGCACUGCAGCACCUGGUGGAGCAACUCAAGUUGGAGGCCAGUGUAGAACAGAUCCAGAUUUCCCAGGCAGCCUCAGAACUUCAGCAGUACUGCAUACAGAAUGCCUGCAAAGAUACCCUGUUGGUGGGUGUUCCCGCAGGAAGCAACCCCUUCUGGGAACCCAGGUUCUGUGCAUUAUUUUAA